AUGGCCACAACCCAUGAUGAUCAAUGUGUAUUCUGUCUGAUCAUCCAAGGAACCAUCCCAAGCUUCAAGCUCUUUGAGACCGAACAUAGCCUAGCAUUCCUCGACAUCAACCCAAUUUCUGAGGGGCACACCCAAGUGAUCCCAAAGUGCAAGUACACCCAUCUUGACUCUGAAACAUUUAGACCCGGGCUGAAACUCAUUUCAACGGGUCUAGACCAUGCAAAGACUCUGGGAGAUCUCCCGGACGAAUAUUUACGCGACAUAGGACCCGUUUUAAAGAAGGUAGCCUUGUCAACAGGUAUCGAAGCAUAUAACAUUGUGCAGAACAACGGAGAAAUAGCUUUCCAACACGUGGGCCAUGUCCACUUCCAUGUCCUUCCGAAGCCAAGCGAGGAGGAAGGCUUGAUUCUGACUAUUGGUCAGAACUGGCCGCAGAAGAAUGUCGGGAAAGAGGAGUUGGCUGCUACGUUGGCGAAGAUGAAGGAAAGGCUUUGA